AUGUCGGCAAAUUCAGGCUUGAGAGAUGCACCGCCCACCUGGGUCAUGCUGGGGCACUUGGAAAGAAGGCAUGUCUUUGGGGAAUCAGACGAGUUGAUUGGGCAGAAAGUGAACCAUGUCCUAGCAGAGAGGCUUGGGGUAAUUGCCUGCAUCGGGGAGAAGUUAGACAAAAGGGAGGCUGGCAUCACUGAGAAGGUGGUUUUCGAGCAAAUCAAGGUCAUCACAGAUAAUGUGAAGGACUGGAGCAAGGUGGUCCUGGCCUAUGAACCUGUGUGGGCCAUUGGGACUGGCAAGACUGCAACCCCUCAACAGGCCCAGGAAGUACCUGAGAAGCUCCGGGCAUGGCUGAACGUCUCUGAGGGGGUGGCUCAGUGCACCCGGAUCAUUUAUGGAGGUUCUGUGACUGGAGCAACCUGCAAAGAGCUGGCUAGCCAGCCUGACGUGGAUGGCUCCCCCUUUUUGUUUCUUAUCUCUAUCAAAAUAUUCAAAAAAUUUACCCAUGUUGUGAGGUUACAUUUUCGCCAGGCCUACUGCUUCUGGUCUAAAGCUUAA